UAGGUACGCGGCCAACUCUCCUCAGUACACAAAGGAAACAGGCAUGUCGAAAUACGUUCUACUCGUGUUGUUGGUGUUGGUGGCAGUGUCCGCUUUGGCCGAGGCCCAUCGCGCACGGAGGCCCCAUAGACCAGCACGGAGAGGUCAUGGGGACCGUGAGCCAGGGGUGGCAAGGCGGGUCAGGCAGUUCAUGAGAAAUUUUAGAUUUCCCAAGUUCAAAUUUGGCGUGGACAAUCGACCGGCCUUUGAAUUCAGUAUCAAUUUUGGUGGGAAGAAUAGCAACUGGUGGGACGGUCCAAACGUUUGCGAGACGACGACCAAGGAUGAACCCCAAGAGACCGCUGAAGUUUCCUUGGACGAGGAAACUCAGUACCACACGUAUAGUGUCUCGGAGUCGUGUGAUAUCACACAAACGGUCUAUAAAUGCGUGCGAACUAAAUCUAUGAAAGGAUCUGAUACGACCACGACCAUGGCUAAGAAAUGUUGUGACGGUUUCACAAGAAAGCCAUCUGACUUCGGGUGUCCAAAAGAGGUUAACCUUCAGAACCUGAUAAAAACCGCUCAAAGCCUUGGACUUCAGCAGUUCCUGGAAACUGCCAACAGCUUAGAUCUAACAGAAGAACUGGAAACGAGAAACUUUACAGUGUUCGCACCAACCGAUGAAGCGUUUAAUGACUUCGGGCACGUCCUACCGGCCUCAAGUGGAAUCAAUUUGGACAUGGGACAAGUCCUUGUGGUAUCAGAGUCGAUGAUAGAAAAGCUAACUUCGAAGGUAGCUGGAGUAAUGCUGGGACAUCUAAGUACAGACAUCAUCCCGACUUCGUCAAUGCAUGAUGAACAGCUAAUCGAAACACAAAGCCCAUUUUACUCGAAGAUUCGUAUCAACUUCUACGAUAACACCGGUUCCAAGGUGAUGUUGGCUAACUGUCAACGAGUGACAUCAUCGGACAACAUCGCGUCCAAUGGUGUCAUUCAUGUGGUGGACCAAGUCUUGACCCCUGUCACGGAAUCCAUCAUUGAUAUCAUUUCAAAGGACCCUAAUCUAAGCUACCUCAAAACUGCCCUCGGGCAGACUGCUCUUAGCUCGUCCCUACGUGAAGACGGGCAGUUCACCAUAUACGCCCCAACCGACGCAGCCUUCCGUCAGCUUGAGAGAGGUGUUCUCCACAGGCUUUUAAACCAAUCAACCUGUCUCAAAAAGGUGUUGCAGAAUCACAUUCUUCCGAACGUGAUUUGCUCUACUGCCGUACAGGGCCGGGCGAGAACCAGGACCCUACUAAACACGCAUCUGUUCCUUACACGGGAUGAGGACGACAAGCUGUUUGUCCAGGAUCAUCAGGUAGUGGCUUCGGAUAUCAUGGCGACCAAUGGCGUUAUCCACCUGAUCGACCAAGUCCUCUUCCUGGACCGCGCUAUGGAUGUACUAGACAUCGUCAGUAACCAGGUACCGACGUUGAUGGAGCUGGUUCGUCUUGCAGACUUGGAGGACAAUUUGCGAAACGCUGAAGACAUCACAAUUUUCGCUCCGACAAUGGAAGCGCUCUCAAAAGUAGACCCUGACCUGCUCGACUCUCUGAAGAACGACACAUCUGCCCUGAGGGAUUUACUUACAUACCACGUGACUUCCGGUGUUCAUUCGGCCAAAACGUUCUAUGAUGGUCAACGUUUGGACACUCUCAACGAUGACAAGCAAAUCCGCAUUAACCAGUUCAUGCUAAGGAGACGUGAAUCAACCGGGAUGGCUCAAUGUGUUCCCAUUGCAAGCAGUUCCGCCAGGAUUUGCAAUGGCAUCGUCCAUUUCAUUGACAAGAUACUGACUCCUCCUAGUGGCAGCAUUAUGGAUAUCCUCCUACAGGAUUCUAGGUUCUCCAAGUUCGUGGAGUUAGUACGACGGACGAACAUGGAACAAACGCUAAACGAAGAUGAACCAUUGACUCUCUUGGCUCUAACCAACGAGGCAUUUGCUGGCUUGCCACAAGACAUAACAGAUAUUCUUCGAAAGAACAAAACAGGCCAAAUUGAGAAACUGGUUCAGUCAAAUAUCAUUAGAGGAACCAUUUGCUGCCAUGCCGUCCAAAACUGGUUCUACUCUGGGAGAUCGUACGUUUGGGGCCUUGCUGGGGAUAUCUUGUCAUUACGCUCGAAGUAUGGUACAUCUACGAUCGGCCGUGCCACCGUGACCGAAUGCGACCUUACUGCUACAAAUGGUGUUAUCCAGGUCGUUGAUGGGUUUACCACCAAGCGAGACAUGUGGCACUUUUGGGACUUUUUUUAAACUGUCAAUCUGAAAGAUUGCUUUCACGCCAAUCUCUAACGCGUUUAUUCGAUCAGCUUAAAGUAUACCAUUGAAUUAUCUAUAACUUUGCUUCCCUAUCUCUUCAUCAGUUCAUAUUGUGCGAUGACAAUUCCAUUUUUCUUUCGUUGAGGUAGAGGUUUUCUCUGUGCUGUUUAAUGUUCUUUUCUUGAUAAUUUUAUUGUAUUUUUUUAUAAUAAAAUCGAUUUAAAUCGA